UUCCAUACCAGGAACAUGUAAUAAUGCGGGUUUCUACCGCUUUGCUUGAUAAUUUAUAAUGAUAUCAAGCACGAACGUUUGUAUUAAUAUUGAAAUGAUGUAACUAUGCGAAAUAAAUAAGGCUACAAUGAGUUUAAAUGAGGAUUAUUUGCUCGUGGCGGCGAUCGACUUCGGUACCGCCUUCUCCGGGUACGCAUUCUCUACGCGGGAUGACUUCACCAAGGAUCCACUCAAGAUACAAUCUAAUAUAUGGGGUGCGGGAAACCUGAUGUCACAGAAGACAUCCACGUGCGUGUUGUUCGACGGGAAUAAGAAGUUCCAUUCGUUCGGGUUCGAUGCGGAGGAUAAUUACUCCGGUCUCGCCCUCGACAAUAAACACCAUGGAUACUACUUCUUCAAGCAGUUCAAAAUGAUGUUGUUUGAUAAAAUGACGUUAAAGAGGCGGUUCAUGCUAGAGGACGCCAUGGGAAAGAAAAUGCCGGCCAUGGACGUUUUCUCCGCAUGCAUCCGUUACUUAAAGGACCACAUGUUGACGAAGUGUCAGCAGCAACUUCCAGACACUUCCGAGGACGACAUCCGCUGGGUGCUCACUGUCCCUGCCAUCUGGAACGAUACCUCCAAACAGUUCAUGAGAGAAGCUGCUCAAAAGGCUGGGAUACCGGAUCAUUGCCUAUUGAUCGCACUGGAGCCAGAGGCCGCCUCCCUGUGCUGCCGCCAUCUUCCAAUGAAUACAUUCCAAGGCAUCAGCAAGGGUUUUGUCCCCUUUGCCCCGAGAUCCAAGUACCUUGUGUUUGAUGCUGGAGGUGGCACUGUGGACAUUACCGUCCACGAGGUACAAGACAACAACUCCCUGAGAGAACUCUUCAAGGCGAACGGGGGAAACUGGGGAGGCACAUACAUCGAAAAAGCCUUCAGAAAUAUGCUGGCGGAAAUCGUUGGGAACGACGUGAUGGAUAACUUUCAAGCAACAAAUAUGAUGGAUUUCAUAGAUCUUCUGAGAGAAUUCGAGGUCAAAAAGAGAAAUUUCAACAGCACAAUGUCACAAAAGAUUACUUUUAAGGUCCCGAUCGCUCUCAAUGUUGACUUCAAGGCUAAGCAUGGAAAAGAUAUCAAAGAUCACAUUGCUACCAAGUCUCAGUACAAAGAGAAUGUAAGCUGGGUUAGUGACAAGUUAAGGCUUGCAUCAGAGACCGCCAAAGGUUUAUUUCACGACGCUUGCUACAGUGCCGCCAAGCAUUUGAAGUCCUUAUUUGACGAGGGCCAGGUCAAGGACGUGCCAAUGAUACUGAUGGUCGGCGGAUUUUCAGAGUCCGCUAUGCUACAAGAUAUAAUAAAAGAGUUUCUUCCAAAUAAGAAGAUCAUCAUUCCAGCUGACGCUGGACUUGCAGUACUGAAAGGCGCCGUCAUCUUUGGCCACGAUCCAUCAGUCAUUCAGGUACGUCGAUGCCGCUACACAUACGGCGUUAGAUCUUCAAAACCUUUCAAAGAGGGUGUCCAUCCAGAAUCCAAGAAAUUUAUUGACGACGACGGAGAUGUCCUUUGCAGUGACAUGUUCGACAAGCACGUAGAAAUUGGGCAACCGGUAGAAUAUGGUAAGAGCCAGGUAGCCGAAAGCUAUUGUCCAACGAGUAAAGCCGCGACUAGGAUGACGUUUGAAGUGUUCGCAUCAAGCGAACGCGACCCGACGUUUGUCACCGAGCCGUCUUGCAAAAAAUUGGGAAGUCUGCAAGUCGAUAUUGCAGGAAGCGGAACAAACCGCUCGGUGACCGUUGAGAUGUCGUUUAGCGGGACGGAACUUCACGUUCAAGCUCAUGAGACAAGAACACCGGAUCGCCGUACAACAGCCAAAUUUGAUUUCCUCGGUUGAAAUUAUAAAUUUUGCUGACAUGGUUUCUUUGAUAAAAGUAUUGUUGUACUGUUGAGUUAUGUGUUUUGUGAAGUUAGAAUAAGCAAGUACCUUUAUAACCAAUUACAUUCGGCUGUCUUUGAUUUCUAAAAAAAAAUGUGCUGUUAUUUGGUCUGAAGAUAUACUAUUAUUGUUGACAAUAUCGUGUGCUGUGAUUCAUUUUUAAUGAUUUAAAAUUCUACAAUUU